AUGUUUAGGAAAGUGCUAUUUUGUGAAUUCUUCGCGGCGCCCACUGAAUCAAAUGAAAGGCCCCGCAGACGAUCCGGGUCGAGCAUAGUGGUGUUGGGUGCGGAAGACGAGAAGCGUCUGCCACCGGAUGACGAGAAAGACAUGCUCACUAUGCUCUCACUAUCUUCUGACACCGGUCCCCACCGCGAGAUGGCGGUGGAUGUUCCGGACAGUUUCAUCGGCCGCAACAAGACACCACCCCGAUACCCGCCUCCGAGGCCCCCGCAGGUACGCCUCCGGACCUCCAGGGAUGACGAACCGCUUCUAUCUUCCGGUGGCAGCUCCACAAGCUUUGGUUCCAAGCAAUCUGUCCUCCACAACACAGCUCCAAGCUCCGAUGGAUCUGGAUCCUUCAAAAACAAUAGCACUAUAGAAUUAUUGUCCCUUCCACAAAGCUCAAAUGGUUCAGGAAGUUUUGGAAGCAAAAAGAGUAAAGGAUCUUCAGAAACAGCCAAAUGUGGAGAUUUACAUUCAGAAAGAUCAGAUUCCGUAGCCUCGAAUACGACCCACAAUUUAAGUGACCACAAAAUCCAACUGCUCAUUUCGAACGGAGAGGACUCUUUAUUAGAUUGCAGGGAGGGUGUCACUUACUCAGCUCGGACGGACUCUGUCCUGAUCAGAGAGGCUGUCUACGCUUCGUACAAGCUGCCUCCAGGGUUCGACACGACGCCUGUACUCCUCGGCAGAGAAGUGGCGGUCGAUGUUCCUGAGACUUUUGUUCAAAUAGUGAAAACCACUCCAAAGUACCCCAGUACUGUGGACAGAAAGAGCGUAGCGUUUCAGGUAAUGGGCACAUUGCUACGCAUGCUUAUCAUGGGACAUUGA